ACCAGAAAGGUAGGGUGAUGUGAUGCCGUGAUGCUUUCGCGACGGUCUUUCGCCUCGCCCUCGAAGCCGUAUUCGUACUCGCGGAUGAUAUUGUAGUUAUUUCUACAUGAAUUACGAUUAUUCUUGAUCGCCAGCUAAAUAAAGGUUAUGUUUUUGAAACUCAAGACCAGUUUAAAGACAUUUUAUCAAGUUUUGGUGCCGUGAGUGAAUUUGUACGAUUGGUCACAGUUCCCGGAAUAAGUGUUAUAUUGUGUGUAUGACGAAAGUUUGUGUGUAUUUUUGAUCUGGGACAUAAUUCCUGGAUAUAAAAUAAUAGAUCUCUGAGCGUGGAGUGGUGAGGUAGUAGGUCGGGAUGACGACCGACAUAUCGGUGUCCCGCUGGGACCCCUCCAUCGGUCAUGGUCAGGAGAUCAUCGACGAGUUCGAGUACGAUGGCGGCAACUCGUCUUCGAGGCUAUUCGAACGAUCGCGCAUCAAAGCGCUAGCAGACGAACGAGAAAGUGUACAGAAGAAAACCUUCCAGAAAUGGGUGAAUUCACAUUUGGUGCGCGUGGGGUGCCGUAUCGGGGAUUUGUACGUGGACAUGAGGGACGGCAAGAUGCUGAUCAAAUUGCUGGAAGUUCUCUCCGGGGAGAGACUACCCCGGCCGACGAAAGGCAAGAUGCGUAUCCACUGCCUGGAGAAUGUAGACAAAGCACUGCAGUUCCUGCGGGAACAGCGCGUGCACCUUGAGAACAUGGGCUCCCACGAUAUAGUGGACGGCAACCCUAGGCUCAACCUCGGCCUCAUCUGGACCAUCAUCCUCAGGUUCCAGAUUCAAGACAUCACGAUCGAGGAGACAGACAACAAAGAGACGAAGUCCGCCAAAGACGCCCUGCUGUUAUGGUGUCAAAUGAAGACGGCAGGUUACAACAACGUGAACGUGCGCAACUUCACGACUUCUUGGCGCGACGGGUUGGCAUUCAACGCCAUCAUACACAAGCACAGACCUGACUUGAUCCAGUUCGAGAAACUACACAGAAGCAAUCCUAUACAUAAUCUAAAUAAUGCAUUCAAUGUGGCUGAAGACAAACUUGGGCUCACCAAGCUUUUGGAUGCUGAAGACAUCGCAGUGGACCAUCCGGACGAAAAGUCGAUCAUUACAUACGUGGUGACGUACUACCACUACUUCAGCAAGCUGAAGCAGGAGACUGUCCAGGGUAAGAGGAUCGGCAAGGUGGUCGGCAUCGCCAUGGAGAACGACAAGAUGAUGCAUGAGUACGAGUCGUUGACCAGCGACCUGCUGCAAUGGAUUGAGCAUACGAUCGAGGCUCUCGGAGACAGGACCUUCGCUAACUCAUUGGAAGGUGUCAGGCAGCAGCUUAUACAGUUCGCCAACUACCGUACUGUCGAGAAGCCGCCCAAGUUCGUGGAGAAAGGCAACUUGGAAGUGCUCCUCUUCACGCUGCAGUCGCGCAUGCGCGCCGCCAACCAGAAGCCCUACACCCCGAAAGAAGGCCGCAUGAUCCACGACAUCAACCGCGCUUGGGAGCGUCUGGAGAAGGCGGAGCACGAGCGGGAGCUGGCGCUGCGAGAGGAGCUCAUCCGGCAGGAGAAGCUGGACCAGCUGGCUGCCAGAUUCAACCGCAAAGCCCAGAUGCGCGAGACCUGGCUCUCAGAGAACCAGCGGCUGGUCAGCCAGGACAACUUCGGCUUCGACCUCGCCGCGGUGGAGGCGGCCGCCAAGAAACACGAGGCCAUCGAGACCGACAUCUUUGCCUACGAGGAGCGCGUGCAAGCCGUUGUGGGCGUCUGCUCAGAGCUGCAAGCUGAGAGGUAUCACGACAUGGAGCGCGUGUGCGCCCGGCGCGACAACGUGCUGCGGCUGUGGGCCUAUCUGCUGGAGCUGCUGCGCGCGCGCCGCGCCCGCCUCGAGCUGUCGCUGCAGCUGCAGCAGAACUUCCAGGAAAUGCUAUACAUCCUGGACUCGAUGGAGGAGAUCAAGAUGCGUCUACUGACAGACGACUACGGCAAGCAUCUGAUGGGCGUCGAGGAUCUGCUGCAGAAACACGCGCUUGUCGAGGCUGACAUCAAUGUGCUCGGAGAGAGGGUCAAGGUGGUUGUUGGCCAAUCACAGCGCUUCCUGGAACAAGAAGAGGGCGGCUAUCGACCUUGCGACCCCGCCAUCACUGUGGAGCGCAUCCAACAGCUGGAGAACGCGUACGCCGAACUGGUCCAUCUCGCCGUCGAACGCAGGAAGCGGCUGGAAGACAGCCGCAAGUUGUGGCAGUUCUACUGGGACAUGGCGGACGAGGAGAACUGGAUCAAGGAGAAGGAGCAGAUCGUCUCCGUGGACGACAUCGGGCAUGAUCUUACUACUGUGUACUUGCUAAUCUCGAAGCACAAGGCGCUGGAAGCGGACGUGGCGGCGCACGAGCCGCAGCUGAUGAGCGUGGCCGCGGUGGGCGACGAGCUCAUCUCGCAGGGGCACUUCGGAGCUGAUAGGAUACAGGAGCGUCUCCGCGACAUCCUGUCGCAAUGGAACCACCUGCUGGACCUGGUGUCGCUGCGCAAGAACCGCCUGGACGCGGCCGUGCGCUACCACCAGCUGUUCGCGGACGCCGACGACAUCGACAACUGGAUGCUGGACACGCUCAGACUAGUGUCCUCAGAAGACACAGGCGUGGACGAAGCCCAAGUUCAGAGCCUGCUGAAGAAACACAAGGAUGUGACCGACGAACUCAAGAACUACGCCAACAUCAUCCAACAACUCAAACAACAGGCCAGCGAGUUAAGUCCAGAAGAUGCGUCAAGCGCAGAAGUCCGCGACCGCUUGGCCGCCAUGGACGCGCGCCACGGAGAGCUGGCCGAGUUGGCCAGGCUCCGCAAGCAGCGGCUGCUGGACGCUCUGUCGCUGUUCAAACUGUUGGCCGAGGCCGAUGCGGCCGACCAAUGGAUCGCCGAGAAAGACCGAAUGCUGGACACCAUGCUGCCGCCUAAGGAUAUCGAUGACGUCGAAAUCAUGAAGCACAGAUACGACGGAUUCGAUAAGGAGAUGAACGCGAACGCAUCACGAGUGGCCGUCGUUAACCAGCUGGCCCGGCAGCUGAUCCACGUGGAGCACCCGCAGGCGCCCGCCAUACAGGAGCGACAGAACAGGCUCAACCAGGCCUGGACCACACUCAGGGACAAGGCGGAACAAAAGAAGGACGAGCUGAAGGCAGCCCAGGGCGUGCAGACGUUCCACAUCGAGUGCCGCGAGACUGUCUCCUGGAUCGAGGACAAGAAGCGCAUCCUGCAACAAACUGGCGACUUGGAGAUGGACCUCAACGGUGUUAUGACACUCCAGCGCCGCCUAUCGGGCAUGGAGCGCGACCUAGCGGCCAUCCAAGCUCGUAUCUCGUCUCUGGAGAGCGAGGCGAGUGCCAUCGAACACACGCACCCGGAGGAAGCGCAGCUCAUCCGCGACCGCAUCGACCUCAUCACCGACAACUGGGACCAGCUCACUCAGAUGCUCAAAGAACGCGACGCGAAACUGGAAGAAGCAGGGGAUUUGCAUCGCUUCCUGCGCUCCGUCGACCACUUCCAGGCUUGGCUCACUAAGACACAAACCGACGUGGCUUCAGAAGACACGCCGUCAAGCCUGGCCGAAGCGGAGAAACUCCUGUCGCAGCACCAGACCAUCAAGGAGGAGAUCGACAACUACAAGGACGAGUACGCCAAGAUGAUGGAGUAUGGAGAGAAGAUCACUGCGGAGCCGUCGACGCAAGACGACUCACAGUACAUGUUCCUGCGCGAGCGGCUGAAGGCCCUACGCGAAGGCUGGGCCGAGCUGCAGCAGAUGUGGGAGAACCGGCAGCAGCUGCUGGCGCAGAGCUUGGAGCUGCAGCUGCUGCAGCGCGACGCUCGCCAGGCCGAGGUGCUGCUGGCGCACCAGGAGCUCAAACUGGCAAAGACCGAGCCACCACAAAACUUGGAGCAGGCUGAGAACCUCAUCAAAGAACAUGAAGCCUUCCUCACGACAAUGGAAGCCAACGACGACAAGAUCAACUCAGUCGUCCAAUUCGCCAACCGUUUGGUCGAGGAACGCCACUUCGAUGCCGAUAAGAUCCAACGUAAGGCUGAAAAUAUCGAGGCCAGACGCAACGCUAACCGCGAAAAGGCUCUACAACAGAUGGAGAAGCUCCAAGACCAGUUGCAGCUUCAUCAGUUCUUGCAAGACUGUGAUGAGCUCGCAGAGUGGGUUCAAGAAAAGAACGCCACUGCCCAAGACGACACCUACCGCUCGGCGAAGACGGUUCAUUCAAAAUGGACCCGCCAUCAGGCAUUCGAAGCAGAAAUUGCGGCGAAUAAGGAACGCCUAUUCGCUGUACAGAACGCCGCUGAAGAAUUGAUGAAGCAAAAACCGGAAUUCGUUGAAGUUAUUUCCCCCAAAAUGCACGAAUUACAAGACCAAUUCGAGAACCUGCAGACUACCACAAAGGACAAAGGCGAGAGAUUAUUCGAUGCUAAUCGCGAGGUGCUUUUACACCAGACUUGCGACGAUAUCGAUUCAUGGAUGAAUGAGCUCGAGAAGCAGAUCGAGAACACAGACACUGGCACUGAUCUAGCAUCUGUAAACAUUCUUAUGCAGAAGCAACAGAUGAUUGAGACUCAGAUGGCCGUCAAAGCCAGGCAAGUGACCGAACUUGAAACCCAAGCGGAGUAUUUGCAGAAGACGGUGCCCGACAAGAUGGACGAGAUAAAGGAGAAGAAGAAGGGUGUGGAGCAGAGAUUCGAGCAGCUCAAAGCGCCUUUGUUGGAACGCCAGCGCCAUCUGGCUAAGAAGAAGGAAGCCUUCCAGUUCCGCCGUGAUGUCGAGGACGAGAAACUGUGGGUCCACGAGAAGAUGCCUUUAGCUAACAGCACUGACUACGGCAACUCUCUAUUCAAUGUGCAGAUGUUGCAGAAGAAGAACCAGUCGUUGAAGACGGAGACUGACAACCACGAGCCGAGGAUUCUGACCGUCAUCUCCAAUGGCCAGAAGCUGAUUGACGAGGGACAUGAGGAUUCGCCCGAGUUCCAAAGGCUUAUUGAAGAACUUACCGCGAGGUGGCGAGAACUUAAUGAUGCCAUCGAACAACGCAAGAACAACUUGGCCCAAUGGGAGAAGGCUCAACAAUACCUGUUCGACGCGAACGAAGCGGAAGCCUGGAUGAGCGAACAAGAACUAUACAUGAUGGUGGAAGACAGAGGCAAGGACGAGAUUUCUGCACAGAACUUGAUGAAGAAGCACGAGAUUCUGGAGCAGGCUGUCGACGACUAUGCCCAGACUAUCCGCCAGUUAGGAGAAACCGUCAGGCAGUUGACUGCAGAAGAACAUCCUUUGAGCGAACAAAUCUCCGUGAAGCAAUCCCAAGUGGACAAACUGUACGCCGGCCUCAAGGACCUGGCCGGCGAGCGGCGCGCGAAGCUGGACGAGGCCCUGCGGCUGUUCCAGCUGUCGCGCGAGGUCGACGACCUCGAGCAGUGGAUCACUGAGCGGGAACUCGUCGCCGGCUCUCAGGAGUUGGGCCAGGAUUAUGACCACGUCACUCUGCUAUGGGAAAGGUUCAAGGAGUUUGCUCGAGAAACUCAAACUGUGGGGUCCGAACGUGUUGCCACAGCAGAGCGGAUCGCGGACCAGAUGAUCGCUAUGGGCCACUCGGACAACGCAACCAUCGCGCAGUGGAAGGAGGGGCUCAAGGAGACCUGGCAGGACCUGCUGGAGCUCAUCGAGACCAGGACUCAGAUGUUGGCCGCUUCCCGCGAGCUCCACAAGUACUUCCACGACUGCAAGGACACCCUGCAGCGUGUGAACGAGAAGGCGAGAGGCGUCAGCGACGAACUCGGACGCGACGCCGUCAGCGUCGGCGCACUGCAGCGGAAACACCACACAUUCAUGCAGGAUUUGAGCACUCUCCAACAACAAGUGGAGGCCGUAAGCGCAGAAUGCGCCCGCCUGGGGGCUAUGUACGCGGGCGAGCGUGCGGCCGAGAUCUCCCGAAGAGAGGCGGAACUACGCGAAGCGUGGCGGGCGCUCACCGCCGCCUGCGCAGCCAGGAAGGACAAGCUGCUGGACGCCGACGACCUCUACAGGUUCUUGAUGCAAGUCAGGAAUCUCACGCUAUGGAUGGACGACGUUGUGAGGCAGAUGAACACUGGGGAGAAACCGAGAGAUGUGAGCGGCGUAGAACUGCUAAUGAACAACCACCAAUCCCUCAAAGCCGAGAUCGACACUCGCGAAGACACCUUCACAGCUUGUAUCUCAUUAGGGAAGGAGCUGUUAGCACGUCAACAUUAUGCUACGUCCGAUAUCAAGGAUAAGCUGGUGCAGCUUACCAACCAGCGCAACGCCUUGCUGAGACGCUGGGAAGAACGCUGGGAGAACUUGCAGCUCAUUUUGGAGGUGUACCAAUUCGCCCGCGACGCGGCCGUCGCCGAGGCGUGGCUGAUCGCACAGGAGCCAUAUCUGAUGUCGCAAGAACUGGGACACACUAUAGACGAGGUGGAGUCCCUCAUCAAGAAACACGAGGCUUUCGAGAAGUCCGCCGCUGCGCAAGAGGACCGCUUCAGUGCUCUGCAGAGACUCACCACGUUCGAAGUGAAAGAAAUGAAGCGUCGCCAAGAAGCAGCUGAAGCGGCUGAACGCGAAGAGCGCGAGCGGCUGGAAGCGGAGGCGGCGGCCGCUGCAGCCGCUGCGCGGGACCAGGUCGACCGCGCCGAGCAGGAGCAGCCGCAGGUCGUAAGGAGAACAUCCACUAAAGCGGCUGAGAAGGCCCAAGAGCGACCGCAUUCCCAGCCAGAAAGCAGUAGACCCGCUGAGAGCGCGGGCCCAGCUUCGGCGCCCCUCGCGCCCGCGCCGGCGCUGCCAUCCCCCGCACCCCCCGCCCACACCCCGCAAUUACCCUCCACCUCGAAACAGACGCCGGUCAAACCCGCCCGGCUCUCCACACCUGGGUCGAGCUCAACGCCUGCAACGCCGUCGAGUUCCGGUAAGGUGAAGUCGCGGUCGCGAAGCAAGUCGCCAUUCCGAAGCUUCCGUUGGAAAACGGCGAAGAAACUACUCGCUGGCUCGCAUCACAGCGACGAUGAAGAGGGCGCUAGCCCGGCCAGCGAAGACGAAGGCGUGGAGGGCACGCUGGUGCGCAAACACGAGUGGGAGUCUGCCGCCAAGCGCGCUUCCAACAGAUCCUGGGACAAAGUUUACGUGGUGGCUAAGGACGGGCGCAUGUCGUUCUACAAGGACCAGAAGGCGUACAAAGCGGCGCCGGAGCAGCCCUGGCGCGGGGAGCCGCCGCUGGACCUCAACGGCGCCGUCGUCGAGGUCGCCGCCAACUACACUAAGAAGAAGCAUGUCUUCAGACUCAGACUGGGCAGCGGCGCGGAGUGGCUGCUGCAGGCGCACGACGAGACGGAGAUGUCGUGGUGGCUGGACGCACUGCGCGCGCGCGCGGCCGCGCCUGCGCCGCGCUCGCACACGCUGCCCGCGCCUGCGCCCGCGCAGACCGAGCCCAAGCGACGCUCCUUCUUCACGCUCAAGAAGAAGUCAGUCUCGCCAUUUACCUUCCUAUUCGCACCGUAGAUUGCUGCAUGACAAGUGACGCAUGCCACCUAAACAACACCCAGCGUGGUCGCCGUCAUGAUUCCUCAUUAGGUCGCGCGUCCCGCCGGACGCCGCAUAUUUCUCACGAUGCUUGCUUCAGUAAGCUUUGCCAAUGAAGAAAUUGUGUCGAUCGCGCCACUACGACUGUCAAAUAAAUGUUAUUAUUAUUUUGUUGCGUACAAAUACGUUAUUUAAGACUGUAAUUGAGUGUUUGAUUCGCCUUCGUAUUUAUAGCUCGGUGCUCGUACCGACGUGAUUCGAGUAUGCAUGAUCCCACCCCCCGAAUGUGUAUUGUUGAAACGAUUAAUAUUAUUAUUAUAAAUGAUGAAAUACAUAUUAUUAAAUUACAUAAAUGCGACGCUAUUUAUGAAUAGAUGGUUUUAGUGUUUAAAUUCAGAUUGAGAAUAUAUAUAUAUAUUUUAAUUAUUUAUAUAUAUAUAUAAAAUGGAGAUAGUGUAAUGUACAUUCAGUUGAACUAGAAAUGUAUGUCGUUCGAUUAAAUAAUUCAAAAAAAUUCUAGAUAAAUUAUAUUGACCAAACAUAUACCAAUCAACGGAAUUUAUCGCAUUUGAUAUCUAAAGUUAGCUAGGUGGAUGGAUUGUAACCGCAUUUACUUCAAUAGAGCAACCCAGUGAUUGAGGUUUUACUAUCGGACGCCGGACUCGAUCAGAAUACAAUAUUAUAACGUAAGCUAAACGUACUAGGUUUAAUUUCCUUUAAAUAAAGUGUCUUCUAUCCGACACUUCGGCGUUGCUGUUUGCUACGACCGCAUUUAACGUAUUCAAUUCAGAAUUCCUUCUUAGACGUAAUUAUAAGACGUAGUGGUAGCGUAGAGCGCGGGCAGCAAAGUCGAAGUGUUAUAUACUUGUAAGUAUGCUUGAUCGCCUCAUAAGUGCUUCUAAAGUAAUGUGUCUUUUAAAAUUAUAAUUUUAGUGAUUACUUUAACUGCCAACGUUUUCACAAACUGUUUAUUUGUAUAAGCGAUUUGUCUAAAACUCACUUUUAAAUAUUACGAUCACACAUUUUUAGUUCUGUUUACAUCUUAUGAUAUAAUUAUGUACCUAUACAUGGCGUGUUGUAACCGGGCAGUGCUGGCUGAUCAAUUAGACCCAGACUGUAUUGCUGUGUUAUCGUACGCAAUAUUGCAUGUAAACCUAUGUUUAAAUAUUUUAUUUUAAAUUUUACUUUUUGAGGAAAAUAUAAUAAAGAUGUUUUCAAAUAAUA